UGAAUGAAAGAAGGGAAAGCAGCAGUCGGCCAGUCGCGACUGUCGACUAAAGAAAGGUUCCAUACAAUUUAGAAUAAUUGAGCGAGGUCUUCAAUAAGGAAAAGAAGCAGCAGGCCAGCAGCAAGCACUGCCCUUCAUUCAGAGAGAGAGAGAGAGAGAGAGAGAGCCGGAGAACUUUAGCCUUUAAGAUGAAAAGGAUAGAUAGGCGAUCGAAGAAGAGAAUAUAAGUACUUGUUGUUAGUGUAAGGAGGAAGACAUAACUCAAAAAAAAGAGGGAAGAGAUGUAUCGGUUCAGUAAUACAGUGAUCGGUUUCUUGAACCUGUUCACGCUUUUGGCUUCCAUACCCAUCAUAGGUGGAGGGCUGUGGAUGGCAAGAAAUAGCACCAGCUGCGAAGGGUUCUUACAGACGCCGCUUCUGGUUAUCGGGUUUGUAGUCCUCAUCGUCUCUCUGACCGGCUUUAUAGGGGCUUGCUUCAACGUGGCUUGGGCUCUGUGGGUGUACCUGGUGGUGAUGCUGGUUCUCAUCGCCACCUUACUCUCCUUCACCAUCUUCGGUUUCGUCGUCACCAGCCAGGGUGGAGGGGUGCAGGUGCCCGGUCGGGUUUACAAAGAAUAUAGGCUCCAGGACUACUCACCCUGGUUGAGAAACCGAGUUAAGGAUCUUCAUUAUUGGACCACCAUCAGGACUUGUAUCUUGGGUUCCAAGACCUGCUCCAAGCUCGCCUUUUGGACGCCUCUUGAUUAUCUAGAGAGGGACCUCUCUCCCAUACAGUCUGGCUGCUGCAAGCCCCCGACGUCAUGCAACUAUGGCACAGCUACCAUGUUGGCUCAAGACCCAGACUGCUAUCGAUGGAAUAAUGUGGCGACUUUGCUCUGCUAUGAAUGCGACUCAUGCAAGGCUGGGGUUAUGGAAGAAGUGAGGAGAGACUGGCAUAAACUGUCGGUUCUUAAUGUCGUAAUGCUUGUCUUGCUCAUCUGUAUCUAUUCCAUCGGAUGCUGCGCGUUCCGCAACAGCAGAAGAUCCGAAACUGACUAUCCCUACGGAGAGAAUCGGAUGAGCAAAGUCCGACCAAGAUGGGACUUUUACUGGUGGAGAUGGUUGCGUGACAGAAGAGAGCAGCUUUAUUAGGUCUAGUUCUCUGUGUCUUUCACUUCUGCAUCCUUGCUGCUUCUAGUCUUGAUAGUCUAGAUGUUGGGCCAUCUUUUUUAACUCUUUAGUUUUUUGUUUUGAAGAGAUUUUUUUUUUCUCUCUCUUUUGUAAAUAAAGGGUUUAAUUAACUUUAUCUCUUCUUUUUCCUAGGCAAUUAGCUUUAUUUCAAGAUUCUUUAACUUGCUUUAUCUUUAUCUACCUUUAUGAAAUUGGUGGAUGCUUUAAAACAAAGCAGAGAAUGUACCAGUACUACAGUGUGGAUUGCCACAAUCCACGCUUCCCACUUGGUUAGAAAAAGUUUCCUUAUA